AUGAGCAGACAACAGCACCACCUUCCACCGUCACAAAACCACCGUCACAGCUCGAUCAAACACUCCCACGGUGCAGACACAGAGACGUCAACUCCGACCACCACGCAACACCUCCACAACAAACCACCGCUCGUCAGGCCGAUUUUUCUGUUACUGGUGGCGAUAGCACGAGAAUUUUCCGCAACCUUGAUCUCUUGCUCGAAGCUUCACACUUCUCUUUUUCAACGUCUCUUCCUUCGUAGAAAGACUUCCAAGAUUUUGGUCAAAGGUUUAACAUUUUCUACUACAGAGGAGAAAUUAGCUGAAGCUUUUUCUCAAUACGGAAAUGUUCUCAAAGCUGAUAUAGUAUUGAAUAAAGCCAAGAAUAGAUCCAAAGGUUUUGGAUAUGUGACUUUUUCAGAGGAGGAAGAAGCCCGCAAAGCCCAGAUUGACAUGAAUGGAAAGAUAUUACACGGACGUGUCUUGUCUGUAGUCAUGGGUCGUCCUAACGAGCCGAAGAAAACUUACAAGCACAAAACUGAAAAUACAAAUGCUGAUAAUGAUGAUGUGCGUAUCAAUUGA